UACAAAUUAUUUCUUAUCAAGAAAACAAAAUUACUGAAAUGCAAAUGACUAGUUCUAAAUUUUUGGUAGUUAUGUUGUGUCAAUUGAUUGUGUUGCCUUUUUUGUUUUGCCUUGCGGAAGGACAGGGUUUGAAAGUCGGAUUUUACGACAAAACAUGUCCUAAUGCCGAGGCCAUAGUUAAGGAAACGAUGGACCGAGUUAUGGCUGUGGCUCCUUCUCUUGGUGCCCCUCUAUUAAGACUGCAUUUUCAUGAUUGUUUUGUUAGGGGCUGUGAGGGUUCAGUGCUGUUGAACUCGACGAGGAAUAACCAAGCUGAAAAGGAUGCAUUUCCAAAUCUCAGUCUCAGAGGAUUUCAAGUCAUUGAUAGAGCUAAGUUGGCUGUCGAGAAAGCAUGUCCUGGAGUAGUUUCUUGUGCUGAUAUAGUCGCCCUGGCAGCUCGAGACGCUACUGUCGCUUUGAAAGGACCAUACUGGCAAGUGGAAACAGGGCGAAGAGACGGAAGAGUGUCGAUGAUAGAUGAAGCUCUAGUGAACUUGCCUUCUUCAUUGGACAACAUAACUACAUUGCUGCAGCGUUGGCAUCAGAAAGGUUUAAGUAGAAAAGACCUUGUUGUGUUAUCAGGGGGCCAUACGAUUGGAACUUCACACUGCAAUGCAUUCACUAAUCGUCUGUACAAUUUCACUGGCAAGGGCGACACAGAUCCAAGUUUGGAUUCUAACUACAUAGUUAAGUUGCAGGAGAAAUGUAAAGCCGAUGAUCAGACCACAUUAGUAGAGAUGGAUCCGGGAAGUUUUAAGACAUUUGAUAAACAUUAUUAUACCCUGGUUUCGAAGAGAAGGGGACUAUUUCAGUCUGAUAGUGCCCUACUUGAUGAUCCUAACACAAGGACUUAUGUCAACCAUCAAGUUCAUCACCUCAAAUCAAAUUUCUUCGAGGAUUUUGGUGUUUCCAUGGUAAGAAUGGGAAGGGUUCAAGUUCUGACAGGAAAUGCCGGUGAAAUACGGAAAGUCUGCUCAAUGGUUAAUUAACAGACAGUGCAUUCUUUCUCCGUGUGCUGUGUGUGUUUGUAUGAGAGAUAGAAAAGGAGAUUGUUUUUUAAUAUUUCUACGCUCCCUGGGGAUUUAAGAUUGUUCUCUUCUACUUUCAGAUAUAAUAAAGUUGUUCUUGGUUUCUUUAAUAGCCAAAACUUUUAUGUUGGUUUGUUUUUCCCUGCAAAUG